AUGCGGGUCAAGAGAAGUGAAUACUCAGAUAAGAAAGAGAAGAGAAGUCAGAACCGAGAGCGAAAUCCUGAAGAUAAAUCGGGCCGACGGGGGGAGAGGUCGGGCCCUCGAUGGAUUCCAGUCAGGUUCACCCUGCUUAAUACUCCUCGGGCUGAGAUCCUGGCCAUAAUCGAGAAUAAGGAUUACUUGAAAAAACCGAGACCCAUGAAAGCCCCGGCUAACAAGCGGAGUAAAGACAAGUAUUGUCGAUUCCAUCGAGAUCAUGGACAUGACACGGAGGAGUGCCAUCAACUUAAAGAAGAGAUCCAGGAGCUCAUCAAUCGAGGUUUCCUGAGGAGGUUUGUAGCUAAGGAUACAGAACCACAAAAGGGGGAACGAAGGAGAUCGAGGAGCCCCCCUCGCAAGCGCGGCAAGGAGUCGGGGGAGAGUUCUGAUCUGCAUCGACGUGCGGGAGUCAAAAGGGCUCGACCAGGGGAUGUUAUCUCCUUUACCGAUGAUGACUUGCCCGGAUAUCCAGUUUCUAAUGAUCCGCUGGUCAUCACAGCAAAAUUGGGAAAAUGGGAGCUUCAGCGGAUUCUCGUGGACCCGGGGAGCUGUUUUGAAGUUUUAUAUCGACAGGUCUUUUUAGGCAUGGGAUACGAAAUGGAACAGUUGAAGCCCGCUCGUGUCCCCUUGAUUGGAUUCGAAGGGGAAGUGGUAUAUGCAGAUGGUGUCUUCCAGCUCUUGUUGACUCUUGGAAAGGGUUCUCGGUUUGCCCAGGUUAUGUUAGACAUUUUGGUAGCGGAUGUCCCAUCGGCUUAUAAUAUGAUCCUCGGAGGAUCGGGGCUAAAUGCUCUGCGGGCUGUGCCGAGUACUUAUCACAUGGUGCUUAAGUUCCCCACUGCGGCGGGGGUUGGAGAAGUCAGAGGAGACCUAAGGUCUGCCCGAGAGUGUUACAUGGCAUCCAUCAGCACAACUAAGGGUGUUGUAUAG